CCACUCUUCCUCCAGUUCCACACGUUGAGCACUACAACAGAAGACAACAAAAUGACGGCAUUCAAGUUUGCUGUUCUUGCGCUGUUUUGUGUCGCUACCAAUGCACAAACUCCAGCUGUCUUGGGAACUGGAAUGACAAACCCCACAGGCACGAGCAACACAGGCGGCACAAAUGGUGCAGGGAGUACGGGGGUAGGAAUGGGUGGAAUGGGUGGUAUGACUAAUCCAAUGGGUGGUAUGACUAAUCCAAUGGGUAGUAUGACUAAUCCAAUGGGGGGUAUGCCUAAUCCAAUGGGUGGUAUGACUAAUCCAAUGGUUGGCAUGAAUAGUCAAAUGGGUGGCAUGAAUUAUCCGAUGGCCGGUAUGGGCAACCCUAUGGCUGGUAUGGGUAGUCCUUUCGGAGGUAUGAAUAGCGGGUAUGGCAUGGGAAGUCCUUACGGCGGUAUGGGUAGUCAAUUCGGGGGUAUGGGAAUGGGGCCAAUGGGAGCAGCAAUGGCUAAUAUGGGUGGAAUGAUGGGAGGUAUGAAUGGUCAAGGUUCUGGACAGUCUCAAAGCUCUUCUGGUAGCAAUAUGAUGCUUCCUCUGAUGAUGGGCGGUGACCAAGGAAGAAACAUGUAUUUGAUGUCUCAAAUGAUGGGAAGACAAGGCGGCGGCAGCAUGCUUCCUUACUUCGCCAUGAAUGGUGGACUAGGAGACAACAUGAUGAACAUGCUUCUCUUCAGCGGUAUGGGUGGAAUGGGAGGCGGCCGUGGUGGUCAAGGAUUUAACCCCAUGAUGGCCAUGGCUCUCAGCGGCGGUGAAAUGAACAACAUGCUCCCAUUGAUGUUCCUUAAUCAGGGAAGAGGCCAGGGACAACAAGGCGGUAUGCAGGGCGGUAUGCAGGGCGGUAUGCAAGGCGGUCAAUCAACAGGAAUGAACAGUGCUCUUCCUUUCUGGCUCCUUGGCGGACAAUUCUAAAUUAACAAUCAUCCAGUGGACCUCGCCUGACUUUACUGAUUGCGUGUGAAUUGUCAAUUCUUUGAAGAAAUCUCAGAUUCAUCAUCCCGACACUAGAAGAUGCCCAGCUUGUUUUGACGCUCCAAACAGUUACCAGAUAGGGUAGAUAUGUUUCAGUGUAGUUUUUGAAUGAUGCAACAUGAAUGCAUGUAUAAUAAUAUUUCCCAGUGCACCUGGCACCUACAGUACUUACUGAGAGAUGACAGUGUUAAGAAUCUGCCUCUGUUAUGAGGCAGUGUUAUGACACUUCAUCUGCUCACACCGUGUGUCUAUUGUUCUGAAAUAAAAAUUUGCAUUCUAA